CCUCAGCCCCUACCUGGUCUACCAUGAGAAGAUCAAAACAUCCAAGGUUCAGUUGAAUUUCUCUCGUAGAAAACAUAAUCAUCAUCAUCAUUAUUAUCUAGUAACCUGUAAAGACAACCAUGAAUAGUUAUAACAAAAUUUUUCCCCCACUGCCGUAUCAAAUACGUGAUGUUACAAUAUGUUACCAUGGCCAUGUCAGCUGUGUGACAUUUUCCUUUCACCAUUAACCAUAUUGACUCUGUAGUUUGUCUUUCCCGUGCGAAGAUGUCAUUAUUUGACUCGAAUAGUAGGCUUGACUUGAGUUGUAUUUUGUUUCAAGUGAGGGAGAGUCGCUCAAUUCAUCAGCCUCACUCUCUCGUCCUUGACCAUUUGUUCCAAUGGCGAGACUUAGUCAAGACGACUGGAAAUCGACCACGAUGCAGUAGAUGACCAGCCGUCUUGUUUUUUCUUUCUUUUCACCAUGCUCUUUAUGCGCUCCUCUUUGCAGGACGGAGCUGUUUAAAAUCUCAUUGAGUUCAUUUUCCUACGGGACUCCCAUCUCUGAGUGUGAUGUCAGAGUUUGCCUUCAUCCAGCCACCGUAUCAACUCUAUAAGAUAUCACCAUUACGUGACAUACAGGCGUUUCUGUUUCUUCAAAACAUCCCAGACAGUUUUACAAUAACCGAGGCUUAGAAUCUUUGCAUUCCUCUUUGUUAUGUUAACAUCUAAAAUGUUUAUCAAUGAAAUAAAAUAUCUGCUAAUAUCAAAGUCAAGGCUGAUCUGUUGUAACCAUGAAUGCAUUAUAAAUAGGUAAUUUUUUAUGCAGGUGUACAUUGAAGACCGUCCUGGAGUAUCCAUGGAUCAACUAUAAAAACCUCCACUAUUUUCCAGGUCUACAUUCGUGACUGCUCAGUUGUGUCCACAUAUCCGCUGUUACUGUUUGCUGGUGGACAGCUGGAUAUAAAGACGAUUGACAGAUAUACAGUGCUGUAUGUGGAUGAACUCAUUCAGUUCAAGACAAUCUUUCCUAAGGUUAGUUGUGCUGCCAUGAGUAUUUAACACGACAUUCUUUCCUGGGGUCAGUUGUAGUGAGUUUAGCCUGUUACAAGGCAUUCUUUCCUGGGGUUAGUUGGAGUGAGAUUAGCCUGUUACAAGGCAUUCUUUCCUGGGGUCAGUUUGAGUGAGUUUAGCCUUUUACAAGGCAUUCUUUCCUGGGGUUAGUUGGAGUGAGAUUAGCCUGUUACAAGGCAUUCUUUCCUGGGGUCAGUUUGAGUGAGUUUAGCCUGUUACAAGGCAUUCUUUCCUGGGGUUAGUUGGAGUGAGAUUAGCCUGUUACAAGGCAUUCUUUCCUGGGGUCAGUUGGAGUGAGAUUAGCCUGUUACAAGACAUUCUUUCCUGGGGGUCAGUUGGAGUGAGAUUAGCCUGUUAAAAGACAUCUUACCUGGGGUUAGUUGGAGUGAGAUUAGCCUGUUACAAGAUAUUCUUUCCUGGGGUCAGUUGGAGUGAGAUUAGCCUGUUAAAAGACAUCUUACCUGGGGUUAGUUGUAGCCUGUUAAAAGACAUCUUACCUGGGGUUAGUUGGAGUGAGAUUAGCCUGUUACAAGAUAUUCUUUCCUGGGGUCAGUUGGAGUGAGAUUAGCCUGUUAAAAGACAUCUUACCUGGGGUUAGUUGGAGUGAGAUUAGCCUGUUACAAGAUAUUCUUUCCUGGGGGUCAGUUGGAGUGAGAUUAGCCUGUUAAAAGACAUCUUACCUGGGGUUAGUUGGAGUGAGAUUAGCCUGUUACAAGAUAUUCUUUCCUGGGGUCAGUUGAAGUGAGAUUAGCCUUUUACAAGACAUUUUUUCUUGGGGUUAGUUGGAGUGAGAUUAGCCUGUUACAAGACAUUCUUUCCUGGGGUUAGUUUGAGUGAGAUUAGCCUGUUACAAGACAUUCUUUCCUGGGGUCAGUUGAAGUGAGAUUAGCCUGUUACAAGACAUUCUUUCUUGGGGUUAGUUGGAGUGAGAUUAGCCUGUUACAAGACAUUCUUUCCUGGGGUCAGUUGAAGUGAGAUUAGCCUGUUACAAGACAUUCUUUCUUGGGGUUAGUUUGAGUGAGAUUAGCCUGUUACAAGACAUUCUUUCCUGGGGUCAGUUGAAGUGAGAUUAGCCUGUUACAAGACAUUCUUUCUUGGGGUUAGUUGGAGUGAGAUUAGCCUGUUACAAGACAUUCUUUCCUGGGGUCAGUUUGAGUGAGAUUAGCCUGUUACAAGAUAUUCUUUCCUGGGGUCAGUUGAAGUGAGAUUAGAAUGUUACAAGAUAUUCUUUCCUGGGGUCAGUUGAAGUGAGAUUAGCCUUUUACAAGACAUUUUUUCUUGGGGUUAGUUGGAGUGAGAUUAGCAUGUUACAAGACAUUUUAUCCUAAGGUUAGUUGGACUGUCAUUAGCAUGUUAAUUUUAGACAAAAAGACAGAAUUCUCAUACAAAGAAUUACUGUAAUCAGUGCAUGUUAUUGUGUACCAACAGUAUAGUUUAUCAGUGUGCACUCAUAUUUCACCAUUGUGUACCACUAGUCUGUUUACCAUUGUACAUUAAUAAUGAUUAAUCUGAAAACUGCGUUAGCCGACACCAGAAAGUCAUAUGCCAGUGUAACCACAGCAGGGUCGCACAGCACCGGUGAAUCUCUAGGAUUUGUUACAAAGACCCAGUGUCUGUUCACUGUGAUAGACUGCUACUAUCGUCUUUUUUUUUUUAAAAAUUGAAUAGUGGCGCCAUCGACUUCCAGUAUCCUUGUUUGAUUAAUAUUUAAAUCUUCUCACAACGUAUUCAAAUCUUGUAGAGCGUACAGUGGAGUAUUGUUCGUCCUUCACAUGUGAAGAUGACCAAGGGCAUUAUUCGACUUGAGCAGUAGCCUUCACUGGAGCUUUAUUUUGUUUCAAGUGAGGGGGAGUUGCUCAUUUCGUUAGCCUCAGUCUCUCCUCCUUGCAUAUUUGUUCCAACGGUGAGACUUAGUCAAGAUGUUUGGAAUAAUCCAGGGUGCAGUAGAUGACCAAAUGGCGAGACUUAGUCAAGAUGUUUGGAAUAGACCAGGGUGCACUAGAUGACCAAAUGGUGAGACUUAGUCAAAAUGUUUGGAAUAGACCAGGGUGCACUAGAGGACCAAAUGGCGAGACUUAGUCAAGAUGUUUGGAAUAGACCAGGGUGCAGUAGAUGACCAAAUGGCGAGACUUAGUCAAGAUGUUUGGAAUAAUCCAGGGUGCAGUAGAUGACCAAAUGGCGAGACUUAGUCAAGAUGUUUGGAAUAGACCAGGGUGCAGUAGAUGACCAAAUGGCGAGACUUAGUCAAGAUGUUUGGAAUAGACCAGGGUGCAGUAGAUGACCAAAUGGUGAGACUUAGUCAAGAUGUUUGGAAUAGACCAGGGUGCAGUAGAUGACCAAAUGGUGAGACUUAGUCAAGAUGUUUGGAAUAGACCAGGGUGCAGUAGAUGACCAAAUGGUGAGACUUAGUCAAGAUGUUUGGAAUAGACCAGGGUGCAGUAGAUGACCAAAUGGUGAGACUUAGUCAAGAUGUUUGGAAUAGACCAGGGUGCAGUAGAUGACCAAAUGGUGAGACUUAGUCAAGAUGUUUGGAAUAGACCAGGGUGCAGUAGAUGACCAAAUGGUGAGACUUAGUCAAGAUGUUUGGAAUAGACCAGGGUGCACUAGAUGACCAAAUGGUGAGACUUAGUCAAGAUGUUUGGAAUAGACCAGGGUGCAGUAGAUGACCAGCAGUGUUUUUUUUUUUUUUUUACAAAUUUCUUUGUUUCGCUGUGCUCUUUAUGCGUUCCAAGUUGCAGGAAUUGUCUGAAUAUUCAUUGUGUCAAUGUCAUGCUGCCUACGGGACCCGCUCACCGGGCUUGAUUGUAGCAUGGUAGACUAGGACCUCGGCGAUAUACCAAUAAUUUCCAAUAUCAUUACUCAAUUGAUCGGGAGAAAAUUAUAACAAUUUUUUUAACCCACUCAUAACCCAAACCACUCCGCUAUAGAUUGAAUGCAUGUCUUAGCUAUAGAUUUAAUCUAUGUCCUAGCUAUAGAUUUAAUGCAUGUCUUGGCUAUAUGUCAAAUGUAACCCCCCCAUAACCUUUCCACAGUUUCAUCUUAUCAAAUUAUUACGUCAUUUGAAAAGAAAAGUUAUUAAUAGGAAAUAACCUUUUGAUAGACUCAAUGAAAUAUGUUCAAUUAUUUCAUUUACAGACAGCAGAAGUGAUCAAGAAGCUAAGAUUCGAACUAGAUCAACUUUUGGCUGACAAAAUUUCACAGCCAGAAAUGGACCUUCUGACCAGCUCAAGAGGCAAAAAGAUAAUUGACUGUAUAGUAGAAGUUAUCAAAGAAUGCUAAUAAUGAUUUAUUGAUGAUACUGUCAAACAUUGGUGAUACUGUCCUGCACUUGGCUAGACUUUUCAAAGUAAUACAUUGAUGAUACUGCACUUGGCUAGACUUGUGUAAGCCAAACAUUGGUGAUACUGUCCUGCACGUGGCUAGACUUGUCAAAGUAAUACAUUAAUGAUACUGCACUUGGCUAGACUUGUGUAAGCCAAACAUUGGUGAUACUGUACUGCACGUGGCUAGACUUGUCAAAGUAAUACAUUGAUGAUACUGC